AUGUCUGAGCGUCAGGUAGCUGCUCUGCUCCUCAACAGACCUCAGAAUCUAUCCAUCAUCACCACCUGCAACGCUGUUACAUACAACUGCCAGGAUAUUUAUCGCGACGAGUCUGACGCUUCGCGAUGGUCAGGUCUUGGGUCAGACCCGGAGGAGGAGUGCGGCUGGUGCGGGGGGGUGGCGCUGGUAGGGGGGAGGAGCGGCAUCUUCACCUCCAUACCUGUCACCGACCAGGGAGGAGUGUGGAGACACGCGAUACAUCUGACACAGGAGACGAGGACCACCAUCACACAGGGGAACUUCGAAAUAACACAGCUGAUCGGAUGGGAUGAGAAACGAAGACUGCUCUACGUGAUCGGCACCUCCGGCUGGCCUCCUCCACCCGUCUGCCUCACCUGCCCUGGACGGAUGAUUGAAGCUACCAGUGAACCCAGCACGGAGGAACCGGAAUACGACAACAGCACGUCAUCGGUACCCGCGUGGCCCACGUCCACAGUCCUACCCCACGUUGCCGACGAAAACGACUCGCUCCCCACCGCCUGUCUCUACAACAGAGUUAUAUUCAGCAAGAAUUUCUCCUACUACGUUCAGGAGUGCCUCGGUCCAGAGCCCCCAGCUAUAUUCCUCUGUACGUCAGCGGGGUCCCGCCGGGCCGUGCUCUGGGAUGGAGCGCCGCUCAGACAAAAGUUCGCGGCCCUCGCUUCACCGCAAGCCAAAGUGUUCAGAGUUGAGGUGCAAGCACAAAGAUCAGCUCGUGUGAGGUUACUUCUGCCUCCGGGUCUGCGUGAUACUGACGACCUGCCGCUACCACUGGUAUUGCAUUUGUCUUCUGCCCCAGGGUCCCAGCUGGUGACAGAGCAGUGGGCGCCUCGUUGGGGCUGGUACCUCGCCGCCGCAAGGAACUUCGUAGUCGCUGAAAUAGACGCGAGAGGAUCCGGCGGACAGGUGUAG